UCCACCGUGUAAGCGUCUCCCUGCGUUCCGAGCGGUGAACUUUCGCGCACAGCGUCGUCCACCAACGUGUAGAUCGCGAUCGACGGGUGUCGUUGAUCGCGACACGGUCUCGAUUCGUCCCGAUGCAAAGGCCAAAGUGAAAACCGUGAACAAGGAUGAGGACAAUUCCGUGCAUCGACCAAUUCGGCGCGUAAAUCGAGACUAAAUUGGGAAACCAUGCGGAUGUGCUUGAUUCUGAUCCUUUGCGCCACAGGCAGUGAAAAGGCGGAGGGAAAAAAUGCUCGAUGCUUGAUUUCUUUCAGAGGGAAAGUAAAUUCACCGGUAAAGUGCAUAUCUGCUGCCGUGGUACGACCUUAUAAUGUCAGUAUUAGUUCACCAGUUGCGAACCAGUCGAGAAUCGGCCGACAGAAUGAAGCUAUAAAACGUUUCGCCUGCCCCAUCGGGUUCUUCCGAUUGAAAAGAUAUUGCUAUUAUCUAAGCGCAGGCACGGCGCCCUGGAGGGACGCCCAUUUUCACUGUAAAGACAGAAAUGCCACCCUGGCAAUUCUCGACAGAAAUGGGAAAGACAGAAUGCUGAGAAAAUACUUGAUGGGCGAUCAAUUUACGAAAUUAGAGAGAUGGAUCGGUGGUAUAUACAACUGGCAAAAAAUGGUAUGGGAGUGGGGCGUGACCGGUGAAAAAAUGGCUUUCCAAAAUUUCGGUAAGCCUCAAACCAGCCGGUCGAACCAGCAGUAUGCAUGGCAUUGCAUUACGAUCGAUCCAACCCUAAAAUAUAAAUGGAAUCCACGAAGCUGCGUCGAACGAAAACAUUUUGUUUGCGAAGUACCAGCAGGUCGUGUAGCCAGAAGACGUAAGAAGACUACGGACGACCCGUUCGCGCCGCAAAACCAAAGAUUAAAGCCCAGAAAGAAGGGCAAGAAAUAUACGAAAGAGCCGCGAAAACCAGGCAAACAGAACAAACAGAAUAAGCAACGACCAGCAUGGAGAAGACAUUGGGCGGAACAAAAUGCGAACGAUUGGUCGCAUGGUGUGAAUAUGGGUUCGAGGCCACCCUACAACAACAGAACGAUGUAUUCGAAGAAUCGAAUGCGACAUCAUCCGAACAGAACUCAACAACAUUACCCUCAACGAAGGAUCGAACAGAUCCUGCCUCCAGGACAAGGAUAUCAUGUUUUUCAGGGUGACGGACCUAAUCAAGGCCCGCAAAGUUUAACGGAUGUAAACAAGGUUUUAUACCAAUUCUCUGGCAAAAUGAACGACAUAGCGAGCGAAGAAGUCCUCCGAAAACCAUGAAAAAUUUAUGUAACUCUUUAUUUGAUAGCUUUAAAUAUUAGCCUCCUGAAAUCUAUCUCGUUCGCCUACGUUUCGACCGUGUAUAAAUUUUGUAACGCAAGAUAUAUUUUAAAUACAUUCUGUAUUAUUUGAAAUAGCUUCUAAGUUUGGAGAUUCGUGACUAUUAUUAGAAACUUUUAUUUAACUUAUCGAAUAAAGAGUUAAUCUUUAAGCAUUUGUACGCGUUGCUUCCAACAGUUCGGAUACCGUUUACAUUAUGUUGAAACCGAACACAGACUGAAAUAAUUUAUUCAUUUAAUAUCGGCGAAACACAGUCUCUCAUGUUCCUCUGUCUGAAUAGGUGUUAGAUUCUUGACGAUAUUGUCUUAGUUAGCAACAUUACCUCGAAUCGGUAGAUUAAGAAUUUUAACAUUGGUGUAUCGUAUAACGAAGAGUGUUCAAACUUCAUCGAAAAUUAAUUUUUAGUAUAUCUUUUUAUUUACGUGAUUAUUGUAAUUCUCGAAUCCGAUUUUCGCUUAUUGCUAAGUGUACGACAUUCGAAGGCAUUUAUAAGAAGAAACACGAUUCAUGCAAAACGAAAUUAAACGUGAUUAAAUUCUUUUUUAAUGAAUACCUUUGAUUAUUUAACGCGAACAAGUCUUUUGCAAUGUUUGUUUCGCGUGAUAAAUAAAUGUUUAGAAUAACAGUGCAAUCAUUGUAGCACGUUGUAUAUCACAAAUAGUCAAACUGCUAAAGAAUCAUUACUUGUAUCUCGAUUAUACUUCAAUUCUCACGUUAUUUAAAAAAAUAAUAUCUUUAUAUAGCAUAUUUCUCUGCCAAUGAAAAAAUGUAUUGAUUGCAUAUCAAUAUUACUCGAAAAAUCAGAAUUAUAUAUAUAUAUUCGAGGUCUACAAACGUUAUUAUUUAGUACGCGUUAUUAAUGUACCGACCAGUUUGAAGAUUUUUAUUUUUUAUGUUUUAAUUUAAUGAUAUUGUGUAGAUAAGUAAAAUAGAAUAUAACUUUUUUACUACUAAACCGUUUCAGGAUUCAAGUUAAUGAAACUAUGUUUUAAUUGUAAUCCAAAUGUUUCUAAAAUAUUGUGCGAUGUGCUUAAAUAUCGAUAUAUAUGUAGAAAAUCGUACUCGAAUUUAUGUAGAAACUAAUCUUGUAUGUGUAAUAUGGUCUCAACGUAACAGAGGCUUUAUCUACUAUUAAAUUGUAUUGUAUUAGGCAAUACCAAUCAGAAACGUUAAUCAAGUAAACUUAUUGACAGCACUGAUUAAUGAACUGUUUUGCACCAUUUCGUUUGUAAAUACGCUAAUACAAAAAUCAUUUACACCUACAUUCUGUAUUUAACGACAAUGUACAUUACAUCAAUAAAAAGUAUCUGA